AAUUUUUUAUUUCCUUGAUUGUUCUUUAAAAUUUAAAAAAGUUGAAUACAUUAGUUUUCCUUUUAUUGCACAUUUUAUUUAGGAUUUCCAUUAUUUAAUUACCUUUACGAUGCAACUUUUUGUUCCACCGGCCUCUUAACCAGAUCACCUGAUUUGUUCACCAAUAUAUAUAUAACCACCCACCACACCUUCAAUUAUCGAAAACUCGAAAACUUCAUUCAUCUCUCUCUCUCUAACUUCUCUCUCUAAAAUUCAAAGGAAUCAAGGAAGCUCCUUCGAAAAUGGGAUUCCCCGUAGGGUACCCUGAAGUAUCCGUCCCCAAAGUCUUCCUCUACAUUCUUUCUCUCCUCGCUUUUCUAAGAUCCCUAGCUCUCUCCUUCAUUUCUCUUCUCCAUCUCUCCGACCUCCUCGACACCGAUUUCUCCGCCGCUACCCUACCGGAAUCAAACUCCCACCGUCCCACCCUCUCGGCAAUCCUCAUCUGUGAAUUCCUCCCAGUCGUAAGUUUCAGCAAAAUUGCUGGAGAUUCGCCGCCGUCGGGGUGUGCGGUGUGUCUGAACGAGUUUGCCGGAGAGGAAGAGAUCAGGUGUAUGGCGAACUGCAGACAUAUAUUCCACCGGACGUGUGUGGACCGUUGGAUUGAUCAUGAUCAGAAGCUGUGCCCACUUUGUAGGACCCACUUCGUGCCUGAUCAUAAAAUGGAAUAUUAUAAUCAACGGCUGUGGGCUGCUUCUGAAUCUGAAGAUGAUGUUUCUCUUUUUUCUCAACGCGCGUGAUGACUACAUUGCUACCGCUUCAUACUGAGUUUUUUUUUUUUUACCUUUUUGACUUUUUUUUUUCUCCUCAUAUUUUUCUGGGAGUUUUUUUCCUUUUAUAUACAUGUUUUUGGGCUGGUAUGUGACUUUGUAUAUAAAUUAUUAAACCAAAAAUAUAAUAAAUGUUUCCAUGAUAGUAAGAGAAAUUAAAGACUUGGAAAUCCUAUAAUUUGAUCUAGAGAUAAAAGGAUGGUAUUAGUCUCGUCAGAAUGAAACAAAUAUAAAUAUAAGUGAGUCUGAAAAUAUUCUAUAAA